GUUGGGCGGUCGGGAGCGUGAGCGAGGCCGGGGCGGGAGGGGGGCUCCGUUCGGCUGUGGCUGAGCGCGCCGCCGCCAUGAGCUCCAUCGGCACCGGGUACGACCUGUCGGCUUCCACGUUUUCUCCAGAUGGCAGAGUAUUUCAAGUUGAAUAUGCCAUGAAAGCUGUGGAGAAUAGUAGUACAGCAAUCGGGAUAAGAUGCAAAGAUGGUGUUGUCUUUGGAGUAGAAAAACUAGUUCUGUCCAAGCUUUAUGAAGAGGGUUCCAAUAAACGUCUCUUUAAUGUCGAUCGACAUGUUGGAAUGGCAGUGGCGGGACUUCUGGCAGAUGCUCGUUCUUUGGCGGACAUAGCUAGAGAAGAAGCUUCUAAUUUUAGAUCUAACUAUGGCUACGAUAUUCCACUGAAGCAUCUUGCGGACCGAGUAGCUAUGUAUGUGCAUGCCUACACACUAUACAGUGCUGUCAGACCUUUUGGUUGCAGUUUCAUGUUGGGAUCCUAUGAUGAUGACGAUGGUGCACAACUAUACAUGAUUGAUCCAUCAGGAGUUUCAUACGGUUAUUGGGGCUGUGCCAUUGGUAAAGCCAGGCAGGCUGCAAAAACAGAGAUAGAAAAACUUCAGAUGAAGGAAAUGACCUGCCGUGAUGUUGUUAAAGAGGUUGCAAAAAUAAUCUACAUAGUUCACGAUGAAGUAAAGGAUAAAGCCUUUGAGUUGGAACUCAGCUGGGUUGGAGAAAUAACCAAUGGAAAACACGAAAUUGUUCCCAAAGACAUCAGGGAAGAAGCAGAAAAGUAUGCCAAGGAAUCUUUGAAAGAGGAAGAUGAAUCAGACGAUGACAAUAUGUAACACAUUGUUACUUCAAGACAAGUUCAACUUUUCUUAACUUAGAACAGUUCCUAGGAAAAGAGACUGUCUAUUCUAGUCACUUCAAAGUCUCAGAAGGUAAAAAACUGUUCUGUUUGGCACACUAAAACUCAGUUAAAAUUGAAGUAUUGUUUGUACAUGCAGUUAAAAUUCUAAUGGUCAUCUUAAUCUAAAAAUGCAUACUUUUCUAAUGAAUCAAACUCCUCAGCUUUAGUACUACACACUUAUGAUCACCAGCCCUUAAAACAAAAGCUUUCCCUUACAGGUUUAUUUUUGUAUAUUUUUCUUCUUUCUGAAAAAAUACCAAGCCUUCUACAGUCCCCUUUCUAAUGGGAUUCCAAGAUACAGGUUCUACUUCCUUUUUGUGACAAGGGAAAGCCAAUAGAGAGUUGGGUCUGUCUUGAUACUUAGUGACUGUCUCAGGCUUAAGCCUUAGCUGGAGUCAAGCUACCUGAACUCUUUGCCUCCUUGGCUGGGCAUAGCUUUCACAGGCUGUUGGAACUAUUGGUUAGGCCUGCCUGAGCUAACACUAAUGAUGCCCGUGACAGCCUCCCUCAGUGUCUCCUCCUGAGGCAAUAGCAUUGCUCUUACACUGAGUCAGCCUUUAGUUCUGUGUUGCAUUUCUCCAAACUGAAUUUACUGCUGAUUCAGCUGUUGGAGUCAUUAGCAAGUGCCAUUCAGGAAACUCUCAUCAGCACUCUUAACCAUUAGAUGAGGGCUGAUCUUUCACUCACUGGCUAUGACAGCAAAACUACCUGAUUCUCUUCACUUUGUCUUUAUUCUGUACCUCAAAUCAUAGAAUCACAGAAUGGUUUGGGUUGGAAGGGACCUUAAAGAUCAUCUAGUUCCAGCCCCCCUGCUGCAGGCAGGGACACCCUCCACUAGACCAUAUUGCCCAAUGUCGCUGGCAAACUGGUAAAUGGAAGUUGUCAUCCUCAUGUGGUUACACACAUCCAUCUGAUCCUUUCAGGGACAGGAACUGUAACAAUUAUACAAGUCAGGUUUCAGGGUUAAGAAAGAAGAGCAAAAUCAGUCAUGUAUAUUUACAAGAUAAAGCAGAAGGAAAAUUUUCCAUAGUAUGUGAAAAGAUACAGGUAUGAACAGAGCCACCUACUUGCUUAUUCAGAAUUUCCAAGUUGCCAUGUUCUCUGUAAGCAGCUAUCUAAAAAGCUCCUUUGAAGAACCAUGCUCUGAGGCUUUGCUUGUUGUGGAAAGGCAUGUAGUAAAGUCCAAUGAGAAGCAAUUCAAGAGUACAUGCAUUUUGCAGCAGAUAGUAGUACAAAGUGCUGCACAGCAGUCUUACCUGUCAUGGCAACACUUAGUUAAACAAUGACAGGGUGACUGUUGCUGUCAGGUUCUUUUCCAAAUUAAAUAACUAAGUUAUCAGAAUAUAGGCUCAACCUGGUUAUGAGAAUUGAGCUUUAUCUAUAGUAAGGAAAAAAUCCAUUAUUUCCAUUGACUGCAUAUGGGGAAAGAGGGAAAAAAGUGAGCAUUGGAAGGAAAAAAUAUUUUACAUUUAUUCAGGAGAGGAGGGUCAAAAAAGAAAAAAGCAGGAAAAUACUGAAUAAGCUAUUUUAGUUUUGAAAUUUUCCUUAGCUUUAGAAACAGAAAUCUAGCAGGCACCUCUAUUUGAUCUGAAAUUAGGCAUUGCUACCUUUUAACAAUAAGGCCCAGGGAACAUUAGAAGCUAUUUCUAGUCCAGAAGGACUCUGAUUUCAGCAGAAAAAACUACUGCAAACUCCCCUUUGCAGCUAUUUUUGUAGCCAUAACCUAGUUGCAGGAGAAGUUCCAACUGGGAUAACCAACAAGACAACCACAUUGCAUUUAACAAGUAACUUACUAAUUUGAAGCUAGUUACUUAAGAAUGCUUAAUGACACAUUUGUGCAGUACCACUAAUUUAGUCCACACCUGAUAGGGUAAAUGCCAACUUUCAGGAAUUUGGCUACUGAGAAUUAGUAUUACUUGUUGCUGUGUCAAUCUGUGGAAGUUGCACAGAGGAAGAAGCCCAAAAAGUAGCUACUCAUUGCAACACAGACCACAUAAAGACUUAAAAAUGCAGUUGGACAGCACAACAUCAUUAAACUUCAAAUGUUGAAGACCAUGGGUUUUUUUCUAAAUAUAUAGCACUGUGUGAGUCAAAUCACUUGGUAAAAUUCAAGCUCCAGAAGGGCUCAAGCUGGAUCUGAGAUUAUUUAAGAGAGGACUACUGAACAAGAGAGUAUUAAAUCUCAACAAAAAAAGCUUGCAUUUAGCAGAGGUUCUAAGUACAGGACUAGGGAAAAAAAUCCAGCUGUGUUAUAGAUACUUCCUUACCCUCCAGUCUUGAACAAUACCUAGGAGGAAGCACUUAAGCUCAGAGAGCAAGAAUUGAUCAGGUAGCUAAAACAAAGAUUUGAAAACUUCCACCAGUCAGCCUCCUGUAGCUUCAGCUGUGGGGCAUGUCUGGAGAAAGUAUGUAUGCUCAGAAUCAAUGCUCUAGAACUGUUCUUUGAGACAAAGGAUAGCACAUGCUCCUACUUAAACCUCACUACUUUUGAGUAAGAUCACUCAGAGCAGUGAGUCUCGUAACAUGCCAAGGGCCACCCAGUUGGCUGACAUGAUUGAGCUGCUUGCAACAGACACAGGCCCAGUAUGAUAGACUGAACAGCCUGCUGCUGUUUCAGUGACCCCAAAGGCUCCCAGGGCCAGCCUUCAGCUGCAGAGGCAGCAUGCUUUCCUACAGAAGUGGAGCUUGGAUCCCCUUCCUUAAAAUUACCUUUAUAAUUGGCUUGAAACUGGUCAAUUAUCAUAGAAUGGUUUGGGUUGGAAGGGACCUUAAGGAUCAUCUAGCUCCAACCCCCCUGCUGUGGGCAGGGACACCCUCCACUAGACCACGUUGUCCAAAGCCUCAUCCAACCUGGUCUUAAACACUUCCAGGUAUGGGGCCUUCACCACCUCUCUGGGCAACCUGUUCCAGUACCUCACCACUCUAACAGUAAAGAAUUUCUUUCUAACAUCUGAUCUAAAUUGACCCUCCUUCAGCUUAAACCCAUUACCCCUUAUAACUUCAGUUUAACACUAAAAUGUGAAAAUGCAUUGCAAAACUAACAAAUGGACAGGGUAGAAGUUUCUGAAUUUGAGAUUUGAGCAAAAGGUGAUUUGUAACAGUCUCAUUUUGAUUAUUUCUGCCCAAAGCACUGGGAAGUUUUAGUUCUAAAGAUAUCAGAGAAGCAUAAAUUAGCCCAUACCAAGCAGCACUUCUUGCUUCAGGCUCCACAAGUAACCUUAGUCCGGACUCUGGCCAUUUAUGGGAGUAUAUAACGGAGUAUAAAGUCACAUACCCACUUGGAAUGUGUAGCUGUAGUUCUUGCCAUGCUGAAACACUUAAGUUCAGGGUUUUAAUGGCAUAUGCUGUUGCUUAAGACCGGAAGCACAGGCUUUAAAAGAACACCAGAAAGUAAGACUGUAUAGACCAACUCAUUUCUUAGCUUAAAGUCAUCCCUCCGCCAAGGAGUAUUUUAGAAUUACAUAGAUCCAACAAUGACACAAGAGUAGGCUGUACAGUAAGAUGCUUCCUGUCCCCUUAAGUCUCAUACAUCCACUGACUUAGCACCUGAUGAAUCACUACUCUGAUAUUUAAUAGGACUGGAUGUGUCACAUUCUCUGUUAUAAUUAUGUAGUCAGCAAGUCUACAUACAGAAGCCUUGUUCAAUAGAAUUAACAAGGGGACUAUGGUGAGCUGCAGGUGACCAAAAAAAAAGCUCCAGUAUCUAGUUUACAUACAUAAAUUGCCAUUACUGCACCAGGACAGAUUUUAGAAUAUGCAACUGGACUUCAGAGUUCAAAGAUCAAGUUUAGCCUAUUGCAUCAGGAUAAUUUUUUAUUGUUCUUACUACCUUUACAUGGUCAUAAAAAGACCCCUGGUUUGGAUAAUACCCUCAUUACAACUGACUAGUACUGCUCAUGAAAUUAUGGUAAGAUUAGGCUGGUAGAAGCUCAUAUAAGUAACCCUUAUGUAAAAUUUCCCAUAUGGCAGAUAUCCAUAAGGGUAUCUCCAAAAGAAAUACUACUAAUCUUUAUUUGGUGCUGACUCUCAAAAAGGAAACAUUUCAAACAGAAUUUGUCUCAUGCCGAUCUGAAGUAUGCCAAGCAUCAGGUCAUUUGUUACUUCCUUCUCAUCACCAAAAAUAGCUUUCUGGCCUGAGGUUAAAAGCCCCACGUGCUGAAAGUGUGACUGUCCACACAGACACAAUACUGCUUGGGACGCUCUCUGCCUAGGUAGUCCAGGUCACCCUUAAGGAAGGGGAUUUGGAAUAACUACAUACGCUGUUUUGCAAGUCUCUUCCUUAAGAUAAAACUGUAACCAUAGAAGGGAACACAAACCAGUGAAUUCAACAGUGUAUCUGAAGCAUUUGUCAGCUGGAAGAUGUCAUGACCUUAAAAUAAAGUGCACAGUUUCAAGAUUCUGAAGAGAAAAAUAGUAUUAGUUGUCAUGACAAUUUUGAGACUGUAAUAGCACCAAAACCACAGUAUGGAGACUGUUCUCUCCCCCUCAUUUUCUUCCUUCAGUUGCACGUACCUAGAAGACAAGGACUAGCUUUUCCUCCACCCACCAGUUUUUCAAGUUACAUGCAGCAAGGAAGUUACUUUUACUGCAAAAUUGAGAACUACUUUGAGACAGCAACUGUUUGUAACUUUCCAUCAUAGAAGACCUUGCUACCUAUAUUAUGUCUAAACAGGUGGUAGGAGAGGUAAGAGCACAGCCUUACUGUUCAUCUAGUAAAUACAUUCUAGUAUUUGAGAACAUGCCAUCUACUAAGCCUUCUAUUUCCAGAUGGACUAGGCAGCCACCAUGCAGAGCUCUUAUCUUUAGUACACUGCUAUUAAAGGACUCUGAAACAGUUGUUUAAAACUGGCUCUCAAGUUGCUGUGCCAACCAAAAAUGGACAACCAGAAUAAAGCAGGCAGCAGUAUCACAGUUUAUAGUCCAAUCAUGUGCAUAUAAUCAGACAGAAGAAAAACUGACAUCACCUGAAGUCUCCCCUAAAGACAGUAUAAGAACUUCCCACUGAAAAUACCAUUUUAGGUGACAUGUUAAGACAAGUAAGAGUUUAAAAAGAAUAUGAGGUGGUAUCAUGUGGUGUAUCUCUAUCCAAAAUAGGUUUAAGAUUCCAUUUCAGCAGAUUAAUAGUGGGUUCAAUUAUAGUAAGUUCACUCAGAAGCUGAUACAUUCCAAACACACACACACACACACACAACCCCAAAACCCAUCCAAGUGAUGCCUAAGUUUUUGGAAGUGAAAUUUAUCUUGUUUGCAGGGCUUUUAGAAAAGCAGGAAAUCUGCUAAUUUCAUUAUUUUGGGGAAAGACAGAGACCUAUUGCAUUAGACUACAUUAACAGGUGUCAAGAGCAGCAAAGGAAGUGCUAGAUGACUUUAACAGAAUGCUUACAUAAAGCUCAAUUUAAGUUCUAAUUCUAGGUGUUUCCACAGUCUACAAAGUACACCACUUGAGAGCCUAUUUUUCCCAAAUACUUUUCUAUAUACAUCAGCAAUAGAAAAAAUCUGAAAUACUGUUUAAGGAGAUAGAAUCAAAAUGUACCUUAAUGUGUUUCCUGUCAGUUUAACAAGCAGCUAUUUCCACCAGCCAAAUGCUUGUUUCUAUGCUCAUACCAGUUUGUCCCCCCUUGUGCUGCUUGCAAGGAAGAGAUCACCCACACUAAUAAAAGAUCUUUCAUUGAUCCAGAAUGUGCAAACUCUCCAAAAAGACAUGUAUUUUGUUCUUUCAGAGUUCUGGAUGUCACACACAGCUCAUUUCAGUGGUUCUGUUUACAGCUGUACUGGUGUAACUAAUGGGGUGACAGACUGCAGGAGAAAGCAUACUCCUGAAGGUACAAACCUCCUGCAAACAGUACAGUCUUGCAAUUAAUUCACAGGUUAAGUGAGCAUUUUGUUGAUUGGUCAGCUAACUCCCUGGCCACCUGGAAGUUAUCUACCUGUAAUAAUAUCCUCCAAACAAUAUAUACAAAUAAAAAGUAUCUUUUUAAAAAGGUGGCUAAGUAGGAAGAAAUUCAUAAUUUAAUAAGCGGUCAACUGUAGAUUCUUACUAACAGCAGCUACUUAUAGCUAAAAACACCUAAUUCAAAAGAUUGAGGGCAUUAAUACUUUUUAAAAAGAAUCAAUACUGACCAACUCUAGUCUUGUUAGCUGAGGUUAAGUGAUUAACUUGGACAAGCAGAAGCCCUAGAAGACAGACCACGUAACUGCUGCCUUCACAAGCUUUCUUUUGCUGAGCAACCACGCUUUGCAGAAAUAGGACUUGCUUCUUUGUGCUAGGCUGCAUACUAUGAGGGGAAUACACAUUGCUUUCUGGAGACUAGUUACAAGGAAAGACCAUGCAUCUACAGUCCCAAUUCAGCUGGAUCAUGCUGAUCUACAACCUGCACCUGUAACAGUCCAUUAUUUUAAUCAACAGCUUAUCAGUGCUGACAAGCUUGAGUGACACCUAGGCUGGCAGGUGGACCACAUCCAAGGACUCACCAUCAGUAUUGGAACCCUAUUUUUUUAAUCUCUGCAAGUAUGGAAAGAUGUAUUUUUAGUAAAAAUCCAAACUGAGCAAGCCACUUGCCAGUCUGAAAAAGCUUGUGUAUACAAGAACAUAGCUCUUAACAGCUUUAUUUCCUUCUGUACUUUUUAACAUGGCUACUUCUACUCUUUAUCAGGAAGGAGCAGGGACAAAGCCUUCCAAGAUACAAACUAGCAACAGGUAGAAUAAAAGAGGAAUAUUCCUACUUCAGAUUGGCCAUGACAGAUCACUCAAAACUACUUCUGAAAACCAAGAAAACCCUGAAUCUACUAACACAGGUAUCGAGAAAUUAGUCCAACCCGAGUUUCCCCUCUGGCAAAGAGAACUAACAGCAGCAUAUUUCAGCUCUCCAACGUCAGCAGCAAUCUACAUCUUAGAUAUGGAUAGCAUGAGACACCUAUUCAGUAUACAUUUAUUCCCAGUCUGGUAUCACAAAAGGCUGAAAAAGUGACCACACUGUUGCUCCAAAGUAGAUAUCAGAAGUUAAAUAUUAAGGAGGAAUACCUUCUAUUUCAGAAGCUUAACUUAUUCAGAAGAUUGCAGUAAGGUUCUUCAAAUACAACAUGCAACCUCAUUUAAAAGUUAAAACUUGAAAGACUUUUUCUCCUGUUAGUUUUCAUAGCAAUGAAGCAUAUAGUUGCCACUCCCAAAAGCACACAGGUUUUGCAUUCAAGUUUUACCCUGUAUGUUUGAUUUAGAUGGGAGGUUACUCAAGUAGUAGUAUUUAUAAUCAGGAUUUGACUCUGUUAGGAAGAAUACAGACUAUUUAGAGAUUCAGAUGCAAGUUUAAAUGUUUUCAAUUUAAGUUUAUUUCAGGAACACUAAAACCAUAUUUGCUCUGUAGACUGGUGACUGGCUAUAUUUACACAGAAAACCACUUGUCCAAUCCUGUAAAAAAAAUCUCUUCUCACCUUGAAGGAUCAAAACUUCCACAGAUAAAAUAUUUACAUCAGCAGUAAAGUCUGCAGCUCAGAAGUCAAUAAAAAAGCUGCAUGCUGUAAGAUAAUUCGAAAGCCAGUUAAAGAGUAUAGACAAUUUUUAAAAAUUAAAGUUUAGAAUACUGAAAUGGCUGAUGCAGUAACACAGCUCAUAUGCAUACACGCAAAGGAUACAUUUCUACUAGUAACUAGUGUCUUGUGCCUGUCACCAAAAAAAAGUUAUUUACAAAGCCUGCAACAGAAGGUUUGAUUACUCACUAACGACAGGUAGAUCUAAUCCUUCGCUUUUCCAGCUGGCAUUCAGAUACAAACUGUUAUUUUGAAAAAUACGUAAGGAUGCUCUCCUUCAGCAGUCGCCUGAAGUAACGUUACCACCCAGAACAGUAACUAAGCUCUUGUUUGACUUCAAGCACCUACUUCAAGUUUUGCAAGACAGAUUGAUCACUUGAUUGCAGAUGAUGACAACCGAAGUCCUUUGCCACAUCUAAAUUCAAGCUGCUGUACAAAUCUUCAGCUUCUCUGUAGUACUACUGUGCAUUGUUGUUCUGCAACACUGCACAACUUCCCAGUGUAGUUGUGAUAGCCUCGCUAUUGUCACCAAUAUGAACUUAUAGCCUUUAGAGGUAAUACAGGAAAUUAAGUGGAUUUGAAAUCAAAUUCCAUUAUCUUGCAUCCCUUUGCUAGGCAACAGAAGAGAAAUUAAACAUCUAUAUUCAGAUAACUUAACAGCACAUGACAAAACAUGCAAAAACUGGCUUUAGAAUCCAAUCUUAAGUAAACCCUGGCAAUGGGCACCCUUCUUCCAUACUUGCUAAAUUUGUAUCAAAUGUUGAUGUUGGCUAAUGUUAGCUAUCAUAAUAGAAAAUUACAUACCAGAAAGAAUAAAAAUAGUCUCUUACAAUACAGCUCUUAUUCUGUCCAAACACAAGAUUACCAAAUCAGUCUUUAAAAAGGAAGAUUUUACGUUUGGAAUUAAAAGAUUGCACGGUAUGUGCCAAAACACCCCCACACAGCUAACAGGCUAGGAUGAAAGCAGCAGUUACAUCAGUUGAGAACUAAAACCUCUUCACUUGGUGGUAGGCUGCUAAAUAACACACAUCAGUCAAUGCAUCACUGAUUUCUGCACACGUUUUCUAACACAAGGGAUUGUAGUUAAGAUCUGCAGCCACAAAGCACAACAAAGUCUGGAUAUAGUUUAUUCAGUAAAAAUGGGACUACUCCUCAGAGAUCUCUGAAGCCGCUAACAAGAGCUACUCUGACAAGCUGAGCACAUAACAUCAUUUUACUAAUGUUACUGGAAAAAGCAACUACAAAGUG